AUGAGAGAAAAAAGUAAACCAUUUAGAAGUAUAAACGAAAAUACAGGCACUUCCUCAGUUUGUAUAGGUAGUGGAGGAACAUCUGCAAAUAGUGGCAACAAUAGCAAUAAUAGCAAUAAUAACAGUAGUGGCUGUAAUACGACAAAGAGUGUGGUUCCGUUAGUUAUUGGUUUCGAUGAUUUCAAAAAUACAAGUAAUAACAAUAGCAAUAUUAAUAGUAGUAAUAAUAAUGAUAAUUCUUCAGAGGCUGUAAAUUAUUUUCAAGAGAUUCUUAGAAAGCAACAGGAACAAAAGAAAAAGAAAACAAAGUCAUCAGGUGGUCAAGACAUUUAUAAUCAAACAAUUACCAAACUGAAUAUUAGAAGACAUCACAAAGAUAGUGACUCAAAUAACGAACAGACUGAAGAUGAUGAUUAUGAAGAUAAAAGUCAUGGAGAAGAUUAUAAUACCGAAGAUGAAAAAAGAAAAUAUCAUUCUGACGAUGGUUAUGAUAAAUCAGAAGACACCGAAAAGGAAAAAGAAGAGCAGUCUUUAAGCUCGGUUCAAAAAUUAAUUCUUAAAGCAUUAAAGUUAAAUGAUGGUUGUGCUCAUUUAUCAACAAUUCAAAACUAUCUAUCAGAUAAAUGGUCGAAACUAAGAAAAAGGGAUGGUACCAAGUAUACUUAUGAUCAUAAAAGAGUUAUUUCAGCAUCUCUAUCGAACACUUCGUCAAAUAAUCCAUUAUUUCAAAGGGACCCAAAUAGAGAUGGAUGGUGGAUGAUUGGACCAAGAGGUAAAACAAUAGAAAUCGAAGAUUCAUCUGAUGAAACUGAACAUAAAAAUUCAGAUGAUGAUACUGAUUCAAGCAAAGAAGAGGGAUCCCCAAAUGUUAAACAAGAAAAAGAUGAUUUAAAAAUGGAAGAAUCUGAAGAUAUUGAAGGUGGUACAGAUUCCUCAAUAAAAUCAAAAAGAAAUAUUGGUGUUGUAAAAAUUGAAACAAAGUCUGAAGAAACUCAAGAUAAUACAAAUGAUUUAAAUAAUAGUAAUAAUAAUAAUAAUAAUAACAAUAACAAUAAUAACAAUAAUAAUUCAAAUAAUGGUUCUGCAACAAUAAAUAAUGGUACACCAAUAAGUUUUAGAACAAGAAGAUUUUUUAACAGAAAAAGAAAGAUCGACGAUAAUGGUAAUCAAAUUCUUGGUGGUUCAACUUCGCCAUCAAAUGAUAAUCAAGAUGUUGAUUCAGCUGAUAAUAAUAGUUCCAAUGGUAGCCCAAAUGAUAGUGCUAGCCAAGAAGAUGAUGUAAAUAAAAAACAAAAAAAAACAUAUGAAAACAUAGAGACAGAAAAUAGUAAUAUUUUAGAAAAUAAUGGCUCAUUAGCUCCAACUUUAUCAACUCCAACCACUACUGUUACUACAUCAGGGAGCAAUGCUUCGUCAUCGUCAUCAUCACCUCCACAUGUUACAGCAACCAUAUCACCUUUAAGUAGUAGAAAGAAAAAAAAACCAUUCAAAUUAGAUGAAGACACAAAAUCCAGUAGUAGCAGCAACAUUGAAGAAGAAAAGAAUAGUAAUAAUGCGGGAACCCAUACCAAUGUAGACGAAAAUGACUCACACUCAACCGAUACUGUCGAUACUGCCUCCAAUAAUGCUGAUGACGAAAAGUUUAAAAAAGAGGAUGAUGAAGAUGAUGAAAAUGAAGAUGAUGAAACUUCGUCGUCCGAAGAAAAUUCUCAAUUGGAGCAAUCUCAUAUAUUGGAUAUUGUUUCACAAGCUAUACUUGAAAAUGGCGGCUCAUGUUCACUAGCUAAUAUCAUCACCUACACCAAAGAAUAUCAAACAACCUUUCAUUGUACAUUUGACGAACUUUUACAAAUUAAAAAGAUCAAAAGAAAUAAAGAACUUCCUCCAAUUGAUGAUAGGGUAUUAAAAGAAACCAUCGAGAGAGGCAUGAUCGACUUCCCAGCCCGUUUUCAAAGAGACAGCAAAACUCCAAAUAUAUGGCACACUUCAAAUAAAUAUCAUUCAACUCGUGCAACAUCUAGAACUUUAUCCCCACCAUUUCAAUCAAAUAUUGUAAUUAAUAAUAGAAAGAACAAACAAAGAAAUAUAAAACCAACCUCUGCGUCAAAUUUUUCAACCAAACAAAAAUAA